AUGCCGGAAGUAAAAAAGGACCUACUUUUGGGCUACUUUUUGAAAUUAGUCCGCAUCAUACUCUUUUUAUCUGAUUUAUUAAUUGUAAUAGAAAUUAGUUCUGUAAUGGAAUUCCAGGAUGAGGAGGGUUUGAAUAUUGAACAUCUACCAUCGAUACCAGCUGUCAAGAUUCUCUCACAUCUAGAAUGGAAUGAUAAAAUCGGCUUUGUAUCAGUAUUUCCUUGUUGGACCAAUCACCUUCUCUCAUUAGAUGCCUGGCCGAGUGUAGAGUAUUCUGAAGAUUUGGGAAGUGCUACAAGUCAUUUUCGUGGUAAUAGACAGCUGCUGUCUGAGUGCAUUCAGAAAUAUGGACAUUGUAUGCGAUCCAUCCACCUGGGCUUUGUUUAUAGCCUGGGAGCUUCGGGCUCUCAGAUACUCAGUGAUAUCGCAAACAGUUGUUGGAACUUGGAAAGGUUGAGCCUAGUUCAGCAAUCGAGAGACUAUGAAUUAGUCUUGUAUAAUUUGACAAUGAACAAAUGGACAGAAUGUGCCUUAAUAAGUCUCUCGGAUGUACUGAGUAGUUGCACCAGGCUACAGCAAGUAAGACUGGACGUUGGAAACGUGCCGUGGGCAUCGCAUUAUGUGAACACCAAUGUGUUAAGUAUGUUAGAGAACACAAAGAAUAGCAACAAGAUAACAGAGUUACACCUCUCAGAUGCUGCACUAUCAGAAUUUGAAGAUGACACUCUACAGAUGCUUCGAUCAUUCACAAAUCUCAAACGACUUGAAAUCCGACGGGAUAAAAUCACAGAGGAACUUCUAACCACAUUAGUAAGGAAUGGUUUGCAGAGUUUAUUGUUAUAUUUCAAUGAGGAGUGCCUCAUAGACUUUCAAGACCCUAUCCUGUUUAGCUCAGAAUUCUGGUGCUCUCUUGUAGACAUUAACCCAGUGUUAAGUGUUGAUGUUGUACUCCAACAAACUAUGGUCGUGAAAUCAAUGUUCCCUGUGUACAUGCCACUGAAGUCACUUGCAUUGGUUGAUCUCACAGAUAUGGUCACUAAAGGCAUCAUAGACACUAUAUCCCAGAACUAUCAACCCACGUUGGAAUCAUUUGUGUUUGGACAUACCAUAAAUGGAUAUUUCGGGGAGCAGGGUGCUACAUUAGAAGACAGUCGACUUCCAUAUGCCGUGACUGAAAUGGUUGAAAACUGUAAGAAACUUCGUUCCUUGGUCUAUGGCUACAGCAUUUCCAGCACAAGCGUCUUGCUCAUGGCCUAUGCCCGCAGGCUUGCCACGUUUGUCAUCAAUUAUAAUGAACUGUCAUUUGAAUUUGACUGGCCAGCUAAGUCAGAAUGGAACAAUGAGUUUAUUAACUGGUUAACUAGUAGUGGAAAAUCUGAUGAAACUUUAGAAAAGGCUGUGUCAGAAAAGCUUGGUUAUCAAUGGAGUUCGGGAAAUGGGGAGAGAUUUAAUGAUCACUUGGUGGAGUAUAUAAUAUAUUCUAGCACACAAACAGGGCCUUUGACAUGA